AUGGCCGUUGCACAAGCCCCAGUCCUCAAGUAUUUCAGUCCACAAGCCCAAACUGAAGAACAAGUCACGGCAAACCAAGCAAGGAAGCCUCUCAUCUCUCAUGAGGUUGCUGAUCGACCUUGGCAAAAGAUUGGUGCAGAUGUUUUCACACUUGAUGGCACAGACUACCUCUGUGUUGUUGACUACUAUUCAAGUUACUUCCAAGUAGAUAGACUAGAAACUAAGACCGCAAAGGGAAUAGCUAAGAUACUCCGCAAGCAGUUUUCGGUCCACGGAAUCCCAAAUCUGCUAAUCAGCGACAUGCCAUUCAGUUCUCAAGAAUUCAGAGAGUCUGCGGCCAGCUACGAGUUUGAAGUCAUUACAAGUUCACCUGGCUAUCCUCAAAGCAAUGGCAAGGUUGCAAAUGCCACCACGACAGCAAAAUCGAUCAUGAAGAAAGGUAAACAAGCAGGCACAGACAUCUACUUAUCCCUGCUUGGCUGGAGAAACACCCCUUCUGAAGGAAUGUCUAGCUCCCCCGCCCAAAGGAUGUUUGGACGCAGAACAAGAACACUGCUUCUCACCACCAGUUACCUGUUAAAGCCAAAGGUCCAAGAAGAUGAGAAGGAGAAACUUCUCAAGCAGAAGUCCAAACAAGCCAAGUAUUACAAUCAAAACACCAAGGAGCUCCCGCCUUUACAGACAGGAGAAGUCGUCCGAGUAGCCCCUAAACCAGGGGACAGCCGGAAAGCGGAAAUGGUUUAA